GUGCAGCUGCACGCUGAGUGCACGGCGCACGUGUGUGUCAGUGUCACUGAACUCGUCAGUGUGUAAAGUGGUGUCGUAUGUCCAAGUGAACCAAGUGUUUAUCAAUUAUCAUAACUUGAUUCGACUUUAUAUUCCUAAUUGCAUUUUAUUGGGAUUUUAUUUCUAGGUAAAUCUUUGCCUGAACAAGUCACUGAAAUUCAAGACUUGAGGAUGGCAUCAGGUUCUGCCAGACAUCCUGUAUUCAGGGAAUGUGUGGAGAGACACUUCAAGACUUGGUCUUCACUUCAGCUUGCCUUGCGAGAAGUUAUGCCUGGUCCCAUUGGAUUAGAGUUCUUCUCCUGGCUCAUAGAUUCAACAGAAACCUUCUUUUAUGAGAAUGCGGACCUAUACCCGGACGAAGUGACCGACUUUCUGGCGGAGAUUCUGAACACGGAGCUGGACACGUGGAUCGAGGACGGCUCUCUGGAGCUGGUGUGUGGUGCCCUGUGCAGCGGCUUCCGCGCCUGUGCCGCCGGCAGGGCCGAGGAGGUGACUUCCGAGCUGGCCAAGCUGCCGGCGCCCGCCGACCUCAGCGGACACAGACAGGCCCCAGCUGUGAACCCUGACGACGACGAUGAGUCCCCUGCGGCGCCGGUGACACCAGGGCCGUCCCGACCCGCCGCGCGCGAUCCUCCACAGUCCGAGUCAAUGCAAACAGACGAGGAUGGCUGGACGGUGGCCCGGAAACGACGGUAGCGCCGCCCGGCGGACUCUAGGAAGGUAAGCUUUCGGCCCUGCCGCCGGAUGGCGCUGUUAAUCACCCUGUGAGGGAGAUAUCUCCUGGGAACAGGGAAGGUCGCCGUUCGGCUCGGAUGGCCAGAGGUGGUCAGCGGCGUCAGGCUUCAGUGGAUUCGUGGCGUCGUCACCGAACUGUUACAAAAGUACCGAAGCACCAAAUGACUUCAGCAAACGUGCGGGCGAGCGGUGACCGUUGCGUCAACGCGCGUGCGACUCGUACUUUCAUCGUGGGCCGAAUGUCGGGGACAUAUUGUUCUCGAUGCGGUUGGUAAUCGUGUUUGGAUUGCCUUUGAUGUGAAACGUGACUUGCUUGUUGGUGCCCUCUGAAUGCUGUGUUUGUCGUGUGCCGGGUACUUUGAGAUGCACGCGUGCGUGCGAUGUUGGCGUUGCAAUGCUUGAAAUAGGGCCCGUGUUGUAAUAUUAUCUGAAUGUGUUGUGGUUCCAUGCCAACGGGACGAGUUGUUUUUGCUUUUACGAGAAUACGGGCUAGAGGCUAGAAUACCAGGUAAAUGCUGGUGGUUUCUAUCGUUUGUAGCUAUGUUCCAGUGACAUCCAACAUAUUUGCUUUAAAACUUGGCUAUUUCUAUCCCUAAAACAUGGCGGUAUAAGUCUCAGGUGGCAGUAUAAAGCUUGAUAGUUGAUACUGCAGCGCAAGCAGUUUGAGGCGCUAAAAGAGCACGCAACAUUGGUUUGCAUGCAUCGCGAUGGUAUUUCUCCAACUUGCUUCGUGGAACGUGCUUCGUCUUAGGCCCCGUGGAAUGUGCCGAUUGAAAUGUGCUCAUUGAAAUUUACUCGUGGAAUGUGUUCGGUGGAAUGUGUUCUGUGGAAUGUGCUCCGUAGGAUGGUCUCUGUGAAAUUUUGUAAUACCAACUACCGCCAAUCAUGAAUAUACGAUAACAGAACAGAGAAA